AUGGCUGCUGCUAGAGGAAAUUUCUCUGGAUUUAUACAGAUACAGAACUCUCAUUCUGAAGAAAACAUUCAGGAUUUGAUGGAUCAAAGAAAGAGGAUGAGAAUUCAAUCAAAUAGGGAAUCAGCAAGGCGAUCAAGGAUGAAAAAACAGAAGCGUUUGGAUGAUCUGACGGCCCAAAUUGCUCAACUGAGGAACAAAAACAGCCACCUCUUAACAAGCUUAAAUCUCACCACAGAGGAUUAUAUGAAAAUGGAGGCUGAAAAUUCAAUCCUUAAGGCUCAGUUUAUGGAACUUAGCCAAAGACUGCAAUCCCUAAAUGAAAUCCUUAAUUACAUCAAAUCAAACAACAAUCCCAUGUUUGAGGAUUUCCAGUGUCCUGAGAGUUUAACGUACUUUUGCCAACGCCCUACGGCUACAAUGGCCUCUCCUGAUGCGUUUUAUUAUUGA